AUGGUAGCGCGCAGGAGGCACGCGCCCGUCUCUCUGGUAGCCGGCUAUGAGGUGAUGGACGUUCCCCGUGAUGGAGACUGCUUCUUCUCGGCUGUCAUCGCUUCAGCGCACCUGUCGAUCGACGUGCCACACCUGAGGAAGAAAGCACAUGAGAUUGCGCUCAAUGCCGGGCUGGAUGAAGAGCUGCAGUUGGCGGUCCAGUUUGGCAAAGUGGAGCUCACAAAGCUCAGGAACAAUGGUCAUUACGUGGGCCUGAGGAAGCUGGAGACAGAGGAUCCUUCGCUGCUCAAAGAUAUCACCAACAGCGAGGUGAAGCCUCUGAAGGUGAAGCAGGACUCGUUGGAAGCACUCGUUGCGGACGCAAAAGCCUUCGCAGCAGAGGUGGGCGUGGAGCAGCCUCUGGUGAAGGAGGACCCUAUGGAAACCCUCGUAACAGACACAAAAGAGACAAACUGGGAACUGAAAAGCAGCCUCGUACAGGACUGGGCGAGUGCAGGUACCAAGGAAGCCUUGCUGCCGUACAGGUUGGCGGAUGGUCUCGUGUCUUUCGGUGUUGACGCUGCACUUCUGAUCGCUCAGAAGGCGAGCAUGGAGAAGCGAAUGACUGCUCUCGAAGCAGAGGUGAAGGAGCAGAAAGUCAUCGCGGCAAAUUGUCGCCGCCGCGCUGAGAGGGUCGAGGAGGAGAGCGUCGUGUUGCGCCAGAAGUUGGAAGCCUUCGAGGCGCGCGCGAGGAAGGACGCGUACCACCAUCAACGGUUGGCAGAAGAAGUAGCCCGCUAUCGAUCGCAGCGGGUUUGA